UCCCUGGAAUAAAGUAAAUAAACAAGUUGGGAGGUUCAAGAUACUUAUUACUGUCAUACUGUGUCUUGAUCAUUUAACAAAAAAUGUCAACGCAAAAAAAGUUUACACCGUUCAUAAGUAGUAUACAAAAAAUGGCCCUGUAUGAAACAAAAGCAAGGAUAUUUUUAGUGGGUUCGAACAAUACUCAAACCAAAUUCCGCGUGUUGAAAAUUGACAGAACUGAACCCAAAACUUUAGUUGUCAUUGAUGAUCAUGUGGAGUAUUCCCAUCAAGAAAUUAGAGAUCUGCUAAGUAUGAUAGACAUGGGUAACAGACCCCGACCAAGGAACAAUCUAGGAUUUUCCAAAACUGUUUCUGCUUUUGGAAUUGUUGGAUUUGUAAGGUUUUUAGAGGGAUAUUACAUUGUUCUCAUAACAAAAAGAAGAAGAAUUGCUGUCAUAGGAUAUCACACUAUUUAUAAAAUUGAAGAUACUACAAUGGUUUACAUUCCAAAUGAAAGUGUGAGAAUCCACCACCCAGAUGAAGCUAGAUAUGUCAAACUGUUUCAAAGUGUGGAUCUGUCUUCAAACUUCUAUUUUAGUUACAGUUAUGAUCUAUCACAUACACUACAGUACAACCUCUCACCUCCCAAAGAGAUCCGAUCUACGUUCGAAGGUGUCCCAUCGGAGGGAGAAACAACUGAACGUGGAAACAAUAUCGUGCUGGGAGUGAAAGCCCAUCCAAACUACAAGUUCGUGUGGAAUUCAUUCCUCCUGAAACCAGUUGAAAAUGUGUUUCAUCCCGAUUGGAUUCUCUUUGUUAUUCACGGUUUCGUGGGUCAGUCGAACAUUAGCUUGUUUGGCAAAUCUCUUUAUUUGACAUUGAUCGCUCGACGUUCCAACAAAUUUGCCGGAACACGCUUUUUAAAGCGGGGUGCAAAUUACGAGGGAGAUGUAGCUAAUGAAGUGGAAACGGAACAAAUGGUCCACGAUGCCUCAGUAAGCGGUUUUGACCAAGGUCGUUACACAUCAUAUGUCCAACUGCGAGGAUCCGUUCCUACUCAUUGGAGUCAAGAUAUUUCAAAAAUGGUUCCCAAGCCACCAAUUCUACUUGAUUUGUCUGACUCGUUUUCUCAGACUGCUGCUGAACAUUUCAACCAACUUCUUCGGCGCUAUGGUUCACCUGUCAUCGUUUUGAAUCUCGUUAAAAAACGAGAAAAGAAACGUCACGAAGGACUUUUGACGGAAGAAUAUUUAAAAGACAUAACCUAUCUCAACCAGUUUCUUCCUCCUAUGCAUCAAAUACAGUACAUAGGCUUCGACAUGGCACGCCUCAAUAAAUUAAAAGAAGCUAAUGUGAUGAGCCGAUUGGCUGACAUUGCGUCCAUAGCUGUUAGCCGUACUGGAAUCUUUCGCUCGUUUCCACCUCUACACGUUCACCGCCUGUGGCCCACACAGUCAAAACCCGAAGAGGAAAUGGAAUCCAAAUUUCGUGAUUGCUUGCAGCAACUGCAAAAUUCUGGUUUGUAUGAUGGGAGACAAACACAUCGCAGACAAGUGGGAGUUACUCGUGUCAAUUGUGUGGACUGCCUUGAUCGUACAAACACGGCUCAAUUUGCGCUGGGCCGUUGUGCACUUGCAUAUCAACUGUAUGCUUUGGGUGUUGUGUCUACGCCCCACGUCGAAUUCGAUUCCGAUUGCGUACGAAUGCUGGAAGAACUGUACGAGGAUCAUGGAGAUACGCUAGCGUUGCAAUACGGUGGCUCUCAGUUGGUCCACCGCAUCAAAAGCUAUCGCCGCAUCGCUCCUUGGACAUCUCAGGGCAACGAUAUAAUGCAGUCGCUCAGCCGUUAUUAUUCCAAUACUUUUUCGGACGCAGACAAGCAAAACGCAAUCAAUCUCUUCCUUGGAGUGUUUAAUCCUCAAGAGUCACGUAUUCCAAUAUGGGAACAACAAUCUGAUGCGCAUCUUCAUCGAGGCAAUCCCUUCAAUUUAAAGAUGGCGAUGAGUUAUACGCAAUGGUGGGACGCUAACAUGCUUCGCUACCUUCCACUACCAUUUGACGAAGUGAUAAAGUCAUGCUCUUCUAUCGUUCCUGUUUCGCCUUUGGAAGUGGUGGUCGAUGGGUACUAUGAGUUUUACCGGCCGUUCGAAUUCACAGUGGUCUCGGAUCUUUUCGGGGUUACCAUAUCACAUUCUGUCAGGGAUUUCAUGCCAAAUAAUUGUGGAACGGAUUUUUCUCCAUUUGCUGUACGAGUCCGUCCUGGUAAGAGGCGAGAAGAGUUGAGUUCUAAAAAUGCACUUGCUCUCAGAAAUCCAUCAUUGACUGGCCAAAGUUCAACGAGCAGCACUGCCUCUGGAACAAGUACCGAAUCGGAGGAUUCGUCCGACGAUGAAAUGAAACCGUUUAAUCCCAAAACGGAAGAAAAAACAGAUAAAAGCCCAGAGAACGUCAAACCCUCUAUAACUUUUACCGACCUCUUACCCUCGAUGAAACAGGUGUAUGGUACAGAUAUUCAACCCCCCCAUCGAAAUGAUAUUGCAAUUUACCGCAAAUAUGCAAAUAUGGCCGUUUCUUCCUGCGUACAGUCAGACUUGCCCAACGGCAAAGCAUCUACAACGUACAAACGGUUGAUGUUAGUGCAGCAGAGUGCUUUCACCAUAGACAACACACUUCAAGUCACUACUCCUUUUGUUGGCAAAUCCUCUCUUGAUGUUUAUUUCAAUUACUGUUUUAAGGGGCGAAAAAGUCCUCUCUCUAUCAAUCCUAACGAUUUAAAUCUCUAUAAGCGUUACACUUCAGGAAAAACGUAUUAAAGUGUGGGUCGUACAAAAGUCAUAUUAUGUAUUUAGAACUGAAUAAAAUUUAUUAAAGAGA